AUGCGUUUGUUACAUUCAGGAGGUACCUUGGGAGGCGCCUUAAUGUUCACUGGACUUCUCGCCUAUGCAUCAGCGAGCCCCCAAUACAGACCGCAACCUGACAGAGCAAAUGCCGUGAAGGAGGCUUUCCAACGCUCCUGGGAUGGAUACCGUAAGUUCGCGUUUCCAAAUGACACUCUGAAGCCGGUGUCGAAUACAUUCGAAAACGACCGUAAUGGAUGGGGCGCCAGCGCUGUCGAUGCUCUAAGCACAGCUAUCAUCAUGGAAAACAAGGAUGUUGUUGGGCAAAUCCUAGAUUUCGUGCCGAACAUUAACUUUGACGUUACAACCACCGAGGUCUCCGUGUUCGAAACAACGAUUCGAUACCUGGGCGGUUUGCUUUCUGGUCACGAUAUGCUCAAGGGCCCUCUCAAGGACGUCGCAUCCAACCAAGCGGGGAUAGAUGCGCUACUUACGCAGGCUAAGAGACUUGCGGAUAAUCUGAAGGUAGCCUUCGAUACUCCCUCCGGCGUACCAGACAAUACUCUCAUCUACGAUCCAAAGCCACGCAAAAGCGGUUCCAGCACAAACGGCAUUGCCACCAUAGGAACCUUGGUCCUAGAGUGGACUCGAUUAAGCGAUCUGACGGGCGAUAUGCAGUACGCCAAUCUAUCCCAGCGCGGAGAGGACUACUUGCUCAAACCGAAUGAAGAGGUGUUUCCUGGCCUGUUGGGCACUGAUGUCUUCAUCUCCAAUGGCACCUUUGCAGACCGCAGUGGUGGGUGGAAUGGCGGGACCGACAGCUUCUACGAGUACCUCAUCAAGAUGUGGGUGUAUGACCAAAAAAGGUUUGCUCUUUACAAGGACCGCUGGAUUGCGGCGGCAGAUUCUUCCAUCAAGUUCCUUGCAUCGAAUCCGACCACGCGACCGGAUUUGACCUUCCUCGCCGCCUAUACCAAUGCUCAGCUAAGAUUUAUUUCGACUCACUUGGCAUGCUUCGAUGGAGGGAGCUUUGUUUUGGGCGGCCUUGUUCUCAAGGAGCAAAAGUACGUCGAUUUUGGUCUUAAGCUUGCAGACUCAUGCCGCGAAACGUACAAGCAAACGGCCACCGGCAUUGGACCCGAAAUUUUCCGCUGGUUUGAUGACAAGCCGGGCAUCAAUACCACCCUGAAUCCCCCACCGCCUGCAAACCAAACGGACUUUUACAAUCGGGCUGGCUUCUGGAUCAGGAGCGAUGGUGGCUCAUACGUGCUUCGACCGGAAGUCAUUGAAAGCUACUACUACGCAUAUCGCGCUACAGGAGACGCCAAGUAUCAGGACUGGGCUUGGGAUGCGUUCCUGGCCAUCAAUAAAACGUGCAGCACCGGCAGCGGAUUUUCGUCCAUCACAAACGUUAAUGAUCCAAAGGGAGGAUCCUUUGACGACUUUCAAGAAAGCUUCUGGUUUGCCGAGGUCUUGAAAUAUAGCUACUUGAUCCAGGCCACGGACGCCAAGGUCCAUGUUGAAGCGGCAGACAACACGUGGGUGUUCAACACGGAGGCCCAUCCAUUUCGAGUUGCGUAG